AUGCCUGAAUACGUUCAAAUUGAUCCUGAAUCUUAUGAAAACACGCCACCUCCUUAUAUGGAUCCUGGUAAUAGCAUUGCAAAGAAGAAGAGCAUCAUCGCAGCGAAGAAGAGUAUUGCCGGCCCUGCGCCAAAGAAGUGCUCACACUGCGGAUUUCAUCCAGAAUUAGGAGGUGAAGCUCACAUUUGGCCAGCUCCACGUCCAAUUGACCAUAUUCGACCUGAUCACAGAUCUUUCAUCGGCUAUGUCGUGCUCAUUGCCGUCGUCAUUUUCUUAUUAUUCGCUGCAUGUAAAUAUCUUCCAUGA